AUGGCUGUCCCCCAGAGCAUUCCCCCUCCAACGGCAGCCCCUAUCGAGUCCAAAGACCAGGUUUUCGCCCGCAGCAAGGCGUUCUGGGACAACUAUCUCCGAGGCCGCCCUCAGGUGCCACCGAGCUUCUUCCAACGCAUCUAUCGCUACCAUCGAGAGCACGGCGGGCGGUUUGGGACAGUCCACGAUGUGGGCGCAGGAAUCGGGCCCUACGCAGGGGAGCUACGGUCCCAGUUCCCCCACGUCAUUGUCUCCGACAUCGUGCCGAAAAACGUCCAGCUGGCCGAGGCGCACCUCGGACGAGACGGCUUCCGCUAUCGCGCCGCGCCAGUCGAAGUCGCCGACGACCUGCCGCCCGGGAGCGUGGAUCUGGCCUUUGCAACCAACGUGAUGCACUUUGCGGACCAGCACGCGGCCAUGCAGGCGAUUGCGACGCAGCUCCGGCCGGGAGGCACCUUUGCGUGCGCGGGGUUUGGCCCCGCGCGCUUUGAUGACCCUGAUAUCCAAGAUGUCUGGGAGCGGAUCAGCCAGCAGGGCGGCCGGAUCCUCCUGGGCAUGGCGGAGCAUCCGCCGGACACCAUUAACGUCAUGAGUCGCAGUUCGAAGGAGUACAACGUGGCUCCGCUGGAGCCGCAGUGGUUUCGACCAGGGGCAUUGCGCAUCCGGCUGAACAUGGCCCAGGGCGGCAUCACGGGCCUUCUGCCGCCGGAGCGACAGCAGGAAGUGACGGAUCCUGACUUCGCGGGACCGAGGGAUGUGGUCGUGUACGAGACGAAUGAGGAAUGGCGCUUUGAAACCGACUGGGAGGGUUUCCUGCAGCAUUUCCGCUCGUUUCCUCACGCAGGGGCUGAUCCCGCGGCCUUUACGGGAUUGUUGCAGGAGCUCAAGGACCUCUUGGACGAGGGGCGAUGUUUGCGUGGCUGUUGGCCGGCGACUUUGAUCCUCGCGACGCGGCGUUAG